AUCUAAACUGUUCCAGGGUGUCUUUGUGAAAUCAGCUUUAAGAGUGGAAGAAGAAUCACUGGCGGGCCCAUUAAAAAAUUGCCAGUGUACACACUUGCAAAUAAGCUGUCACACAUUACAAAUGAGAUUACCUUUUUCAGUUUGCCCUGGAACUUUGAGAUGAGGGGAUGCAUGGGUAAGACACUAAAAUAGAGCAAAUCGUUUGGUUUUUAUCAGCGUGCUCGAUCUGCAAGUGCUGUUUAUGCUUUCUUCAUGCGCGGUGAAAAAAAUAUAUAUAUUCACAGCUUGAAGCACAAUGUAAUCAGUUGCAGUGGAGUAAGAAUUAUCGUUGAAAAGAUAUGGCUCCGAGAGAAUGACUCCAUUUUACAUUUGGCCUCUAAAACAAAUUUCUUUUAAAUAGUUUCCUCACCGCACCUCGUGGUGAAUUAUUAAUUGUAUCGUUCACCUCAUCAGACUCACUUCUGGAGGAGAUAAGACCAGCCAUAACUGAAUGUAUUGGCGUGAACAAACACAGGGGACACACAAUGCGGGCAUUAUGAGCGACAAUGCUGUGAUACAGCUACGAGAACAGGGGAAACAGCAGUUAUCGUAUUUGCAUGCAAUCACACACAUGCAAACUAAUUGUGUAGUUUGCACGCCAGAGAUCACUGGGGUCAGGUGAAGCUCACAUGAAGCGACCGCUUUGUUGAACUUCUGACAGUGGAUCGCUCGCGUCGAACAUCAGAGGGGUUUUGAGCUUUCACCGACGCGGCGCCACGGAGCGUCUUGAAAUUCAAGUGAGACGGAGGAUAACGAGUGCUCAGUCAUUAUAAACCAGAAUAUGCCGGAGUGUUUUUCAAAUAAAUAAUAUUUAAUGGAAUGUUUCACCAAAAAUGAGGCAUGAUAUUGAUUGGAGGCCUUUGAUUUUUUUACAACGGACUUCUUGCAAGGAAACCUGGUACUAAUAAAUAAAGAGUGUCCUUAAUACUAUAGGGACUCAUGUGAAAUACAUGUGAAUACUGUAUGCAGCAGAACCACCAUUAAGUUAUCUAUUCACCAGCUCUGCUGAUUAAGUGGAGGAAUGUAAUGGAAGUACUAGCAAAUUAAGUGUAGUGAAACUAGGUAAGGACUUCUGCAUGUGCUGUUGUGGUACACUAGUGUUCCACAAUUGAGUGCACAUCACAGGGUGAAAGUCCACAGAGAUUUUGGCGAAUAACCAACCACAACCUGUACUGAUGUUUUACCCAAUUUUAUCAUGAACAGUGGGUCAAAUGACUCUUUGUUUUGUUGAUAGUAGCACCCAGAGCAACCUUCUGUCCUAGAAAUGACAUUAACACAAAAAUAAACUGCGACAGCGGAAAUAAUCUGUAUUGUGUUUUAUUUUAACAGAAUGACAAACAUUUAGUUCAUUGACAGAUUUGUACAAUACAUGUAUCAGCAGCAUGUUUCCUUCAACAAUAUUCCAUAAUUGCAUAAUCUUAAACAAAGUUCCUGAAUCUGGAUGCUAGUUCCAACUUUUUGAUGUUCAAGCUAGAUCGGUGUGCUUUGGUAACCCACUAUCCACCCCGACCUCCUCCACAUAGAGUAUGACGUCUCAUCUACUCUGAAAUUAAUAAAAUGUUUUUUUGGGUACAGGAUUCCACACAGAGGAAAUCUGUUUCACAUUCAGACAUGAAUUAAAUCUGUAUUGCAUUUAGGAGAGCCAAUGGCCACUUUAUGGAAGCUGUUGUUAUUAUUUACCAUAGUCAGAUGGUGUUGUGUGAAAAUGGUCUUAUUGCCAAACUGUUUGUAUUCCAACUCCUUGUUUUGGUUCGUCAGCUCCCAAAUGUGAGGUCUUUUGAAUUGGUGGAGCACAAACUUGGCAUGUGAAUACUGAGCACAUUCGAUAUUAUCUAUCCAUGAACACCACCCCAGCUAUGUAUAAAUGCUGGUCCGUGUUUCCUUGACAUGGACAGCAUGUACCAUAUAUAUAUAUAUUCGCUUCUCAAAGUUAGACCACUCAUGUUUUAAUUGGUUUAAGUUGGAGAAUGGCAAAUGAUAGUUAUAUACUACAUUCAAAAGAGCCCACUAUAACAUUUAGCUGCUUCAGUUUCAUGGUCGCUGGCUUGUUGUGACAGCGAGGGCUCCCUGGAUACUUGAGUAAAGUGGAACCAUCCUUACCUUUAUUACCAACACCAAUAUAUUUCCUCAUAUGACAACUCCUUAUCUCUGCUGCUGAGGUAAAAAAUAUGUUUAUUCGGUGCAGAAUGUACGUAGUGUAUGUAAUGUACUCCUUGUGUAUGACAAAAACACACAUACAGUUAGUGCCAUUGUCCAACCACUUGUGGAGGUCAUUCUAAUACUUAAACCAUGAAGUAUGGAAAAUCCUCCAUAUAUUGCUGACUAUGACUGUGACGAGAGCACACGCGGUGAGGCCUGGCGGAAGCGUGUGGGGCAUGCAUGCAUGCAAAUCUCACAAAUCAUGAUGACAGGGGAAAGAAAUUUACAAGUGAAUCUAAUAAAGCGAGAAACAAAUGAAUAACGUUCAACCAGUAGUUAAGUCGAACACUUUGUUCUAGUGCUACUUAAUAGAGACAGAGUGCAGUUACAGAGUCACAUUGGGUUUAUAUACCUUCACCAGUACUGUCUGCUAUUAAAUAUCAUACUUUAAUGUAGGCUGUGGUGCGUAAUAUUCAAACAUAUUUCAGAAAUAGUAAUUACAAAAAAAAGGCAUGAAGUUGCACACUCACUUGCAAGUUUAUAUGUACACCAAUGAAAACAAAUCCAUUCUAAUAUAAUAGUUCUGCUCUAAAUCUCGUCUUCGUGAAGGUUAUGGUGUUCAGCAUUAGUUUAAAAUAACUGAUAGAGCUGCUGAUUCAACUGUGUUUUCAUUGUGGAGGCUGUGGUUUGUACUGUUUGUAUUGUUUUGACUAAUCCAUUUUAGUCAGUGGGUUAACCUAAAUGACAGAAGCACUUUAGUGUUAAAUUCAAUCCAGUUGAACAGCGCCACAAACUACAUUCUCCAAAUUCAUCGUCCAGUUGAAUCACCACCUUUCCGACGCCGUUUCAGCAUAAAGUGAACAUUAGAACAGUGCAGGACUGUGAUAUUGGAAUCGUUACUUUCCGCAGGGUGUACCUAAUGAACUGGCAAGUGAGCGUACAGAGGAGUUCAUGAGUGCUUUCUCACUGUUCCAGAAGAUAGAUAGUGCAUGACAGGACAUGCACGUAAAGUUUUGAAUUUGAAUCUGCUCAGAUUAUGACAUGUGGCAAUUCACACUUCACCGGAUGAGUGCUCCAAGUUAGCGCUGAGAACACUCAGCGGGCUGCUUCCUUUUUAGCCAGCACCUUGCAUGUACACAGGCCCUUUGUUCGACCAUGCUGAGCAAAGACGCCUGGCAAGUGCUCCUCCUCUCUGUGCAGACCUUUUAACAGUGCAAAGUUUGUGAUGCACGCAAAAAGAAGUAAAAAUAAAGAAGCAAAGUGUUAAAAUAAAGUGAAUAAUCACUGUGCUGUUUAAGUAGCAUUUUUAAAGAUGUCCACCGGUGGUGUUUUUGCAUGUGUAUGUUAUGAUAUUUUUUAGUUGUUAUGGCAUUUAUUUGGAUGAGGGCAGAGUCGUGGUUCAGGCAGUUGACGUGCAUGUCAUCAGGCCUUCCUGGGCUCCAGCAUGCAUGCCUGUGGGCCGCAGUGUUUUGGCCUGCUGCCUUACAUGGGCAAACCUCUCCACUGACGGAGACGGCUGGAAUUUCACCGCGUGACGUCACUGCCUACAACUCUCCCAGAAUUUGGACCAAGAAGUUUCACUUUUUUUUGGUGGGACUUCUUCAAACCUCUGCAAUAUUUCCUAGAAAGCGAGGUAAGCGAAACCGUCCACCUCACUCUAAAUGCUCGGGACACACCGGCGGCGCCCGUCCGUGGAGUGCCGAGAACUUUAAUGCGCGACUGUAUAUGAAACUGAUAGUUUUUGUUGUUGUUGUUGUUUUUUUUUUUUUAAAUUAUCGAAGCAGGGGCUCGCCUUUUUUUUUUUUUAGUUUGCUUGGCCUCGUUGGGAUGUUAUAUGAUUUUUUUUUUCUACUGUAGCGGCUCGGACCGAGUACACAAUGAGGGCGUGGACUCGACGCCGUGGCCGUGGCCGGUAGGAAUGUUAACACGGGGAUACUAACGAAGCUAAGUUGUCGCUAGCCUGCGCUGAGCCACAUCCUCGGUCAUGCGUGGAAAAUAUCAGACAGUGUCGAGCCGUCAACUUUUGCUAAACGGGUCUCGGGGCGUCUCUGGGGAGGAGGGGGGUUUCUGUUUUUAGCCGAGUGGUCCGCUGCUGAGCAAUGCGGAAGACAAGGCUGUCACCGGAGGGACAUGAGAGCCCCUGUCCGCGGAGAAAUAUGUCGCAGUUUUGUCGGUUAAAUACGAAACUGUCGGCUAGUUUGGUCGGAUUUCAACAUACAGUAAAAGGCUUCAGCUGUCUUCUAGAAAAUCCAGAGAGCCAACGAGGAGAAAAGGCGUCUGAUCUAUUCCCCACCAUCACUAAUUUAGAACCAUGUGGAACCCAGCGAACGGUAACGAUCAGACGGGACAAGUGGCUGCCAGGAUGGAGACUACUCCGUCCCUGGGCAACGCCAGCAUCUCCAUCUCCCAGCAGCAGUCACCCAAGAAAUUUGCCCCUGUGGUCGCACCCAAGCCCAAGUUCAACCCUUACAAACAAGCGGGAGAAGCGGACUACCUCCCCCCGCCGCCACCUGCCGAAGAGUCGACCGGUUUCCCGUCAUCCCCUGGUUCCUUCCCUUCUCCGCCGCCGGGGAACUCGUAUGAUUUUCAGAUAAAAGGACCAGAGAAGACUCUGGAAGAGAGGCGCUCCAGCCUGGAUGCAGAGAUCGACUCCCUCACAAGCAUCUUGGCCGACCUGGAGAGCAGCUCGCCCUACAAGCCACGAAGCGCACAAAAUUCUGGGUCCUCAGCAGGCUCCACCCCCAACGCCCCAGUGACUGGCUACAAGCGUAUGGUCAUUCCGACGCAACCACCUCUCACUGCAACCAAGAAGUCUACACCCAAACCUCAGGCCCCUGGUGGAGUGUCCUCUAUCUCCCCUUCCUCCCCCAGCCCGGUGGCCAAGCCUCAAAGCCACAUGGCUCCUCAGCCUGUGCCAGCCUCUUACGCUACAGCAUCCACUCCAAGCCAGCCCACCUUCAACGUCCAGGUGAGGUCGGCCCAGCCCGGCCCCCAGCAUCAAGCCCCCGGUGGGCACCACUUUGGCCAGCAGCCCAUUCGCAGCCCUGCACAGGUGCAGUACAUGCCCGCCCAGCCUAAAGGUCCUGACUUUGCUUAUGGCCCACCACAGCCUGGCUUCUCUCCAAUGGCACAGGGUGCCUAUCAAGAACAGCACCACCCUGGAGUACCCCAAGUAGGUGGAAUAAGCUCCCGAAGACCUGACCCUGUUCCUGCCCAGGCAUACCAACCUUCAGGCCCCAAGAAGACCUAUAUCACAGAUGUGCCUCCAGGCUUGGCUCCAUACAUGUCUGGACCAGCUGUUCCACCAAAGGGCAUCGCUCCCUCAGCCCACCCUGAAGAUGAGCUCGAACGCCUGACCAAGAAGAUGCUGUUUGACAUGGACAACCCUCCGUCUGAGGAAUAUUUCGGGCGCUGUGCCAGCUGUGGAGAGAACGUAGUGGGUGAAGGCACCGGCUGCACCGCCAUGGACCAGGUCUUCCAUGUCGACUGCUUCGUCUGCAUGACCUGCAGCACCAAGCUGCGUGGCAAGCCCUUCUACGCUGUGGAGAAGAAGGCGUACUGUGAGCCCUGCUACAUCAACACCCUUGAGACCUGCACCAUCUGCAGUAAGCCUAUCAUGGAGCGCAUCCUGCGGGCCACGGGGAAAGCCUAUCACCCUCACUGCUUCACCUGCGUGGUGUGUCACCGCAGUCUGGACGGCAUCCCUUUCACCGUGGACGCUUCCAACCACAUCCACUGCAUCGAGGACUUUCACAAGAAGUUUGCCCCACGCUGCUGUGUGUGCUCUGAGCCUAUAAUGCCGGCACCCGGUCAGGAGGAGACUGUUCGUAUCGUGGCCCUGGACCGUGACUUCCACGUGCAGUGUUACCGCUGCGAGGACUGUGGCUCUCUCCUCUCAGAGGGGGAUAACCAGGGCUGCUACCCACUAGACGGACAUGUCCUCUGCAAAAACUGUAACACCAACCGCAUCCAGGCCCUCACCGCCAAGGCCACCACUGACCUCUGAACAGCCCGCCAGCCGGUCACCUCCACUGUGAUAACCCAACACUCGCUCUCUUUCUUUCCUUUGCAAGCGUACCCAUCCACAGAAGCCUGCAUUCCUCAGCAUAUACACACAAACACACACACACACACAUAUAUAUAAAUAUAUAUCCCUACAUAUGUAUCCAUCUUCAGUAUCAAGAAACAGCAUCACGUGUUCACCGGCUUACGUGUAACUAUUUACUCGGUACAAUCACUGCAGAAGAGGCCGUGUUAUUUAACUGUAGGGUUCUUUUAUAUAAGGAAUGGUCCAACAUUUUGGCAUAUUUCCUUGUAGCACUUCACCAGGAACACUGCUGGGCAAAAUGGAGAAGAUCUAUGUCACUUUCACGUCUGUACCCUAAAUAUGAAGCUGCAGCUAGCUAGCUUAGCUUAGCAUCAAGUUAAGAAGAAGGGCUUAGUCAAUAAUAUAUUAUAUGUUUUUUGUUGAAGAAAUCCGAAGCUAACAUGCUCACUCUCAAGCCUUUAUUCAUAUAUCCCAACUGUUGCUUUAAAUAGUCACUCCAGGUCCUUCAGUCAACAGUGACAGGAUGCAUCAUCACCCACUUUUAUUCUCUCAUACCUUAAUUAUCAUCCACAUGGAUCUUCCAGUCACGCCGUACGUGCAGGAAUUUACUCAUAUUUUCCUCGCUGGCUGGUUCCUGUAAUUUCAAUUAUAGCCCAACUCCACCAGAACUUGCAGAAUGUUUUGGACACAUCUACCCUGCAGACAAAAUCACGGGUAGAUGUGUGCAUGACUGUAGUUAUAUUUAGAAAAACCAUGCAUUGUUUAUUCUGUUCUGCAAAUCCACCAACGGUAAAUACACAGAUGAGGAUACACACCGGAGACCAUAAUUGUAAAACAGUUCUGCAUAACUGAACGCCAAAGAAGUUAAUUCAAACUGCCAUACUUCCUGUGUAUUUAUUCUGUAACUAUACUAAACACAAUUUACAGUGAUUGGGACCACGGGAACUUCAAACAGUAAUUCCCACAGUCAAGAAACAAAUCCUCAACAAGCAGCUGUUGGAUGAAAUUCACUUUUCGAUACGUAAUUUUCUUUCUACUUUCCAGCCGAGUUUUCUUUGAUAUAUACAGUGUAUGCGGUGGAUAUUAGUUUCAAUUGGGCUGAGCAGUAGAAUCACGAUAUUCCAUUCAUAUAGGUACACAUCCUUAGAUUUCACUUUAAUUAUGUUUUUUUUUUAUGUAACUUCCCCCCAUUUGCCAAGUCAUAGAUUAGAUAAGUGAAUUUACUGUAAGCAGUCUGGCAGAGACGAGGAAUAUUACAUGGCUAUGCAAUUUUUAAUGCAUUGCAUUGACACUUUAUUAGUAAUUUUAUGAAUAAGGAAAUAUUUUACCUGUACAGAUUCAAUCAUAAGUGUCCUUAUAGUAACCCUUUAAUCCAAACAAUGCUGUUGGUACUGUGUGACUAUGUGUGUCCCUGUGCUUUGAGUCAGUAUUGAUUGCACCAAUGACAGUCAUCUUUUAGAUUUAGCGUGUGUUUAAAGUUCAUGGGUGAAGAAGGGACAAUGAGAGUUUCUCUAAAAUUGAUUUUAUUAUAUAUUAAAGAAUUAUAGACCAGUAGUUUUAUAGUUUAAUCCGUUCAAUGUAAGACUAGACUCCUGAUGAGGAGUUAAAGGUACCCUGUGGAGUUCUUAACCACCGGAGGCACUGUGGAGCAAUGUUUUAAUGUGUCCCCUUGAAGUUUGAGAUACAAAUCAACAACAAAGUGCAACUUCAUGUUGUCUGCAACUGCAAAAUGACACAAUAUGAUGACAAAGAGACUACAAAGACGUACAAAAUGACACAAAACAGCUACAGAGACGUGUAGAGCAACUUGAAAGUGACCACAGACACGCAGAAUGACUACAGUUAUAAAACAACUGCAAAGUGGUACAAAAUAUCUACAAGGAGACAUAAAACAAAAUCAAAAUCGCCACCACAAAUUGAUGCAAAACAGUCGCAUGACCACUAGAAUGACGCUCAAGAUGUUAUCAAAGGCCUGCAGCUGAUUUUCUGUAGACAUCUUUAAUUAAAAAAAGGAGAUGAGAUCAACAAGUUGGACUUUGGGAAGAAACUCUUUAUUUGUAUGGAAGAAACUCCACAUGGUACCUUUAAAUUACGACAAUGUAAUAAAUAAGUAUUAAGUAGUAAAGUUUAGCCAAUGUAUUAGCUGAAUUAGUUUACACUUGACCACAUCACACAAGGCAGAGUAUUUGUCGAGCCUCAUUUAUGGAAGUCUUUGAGUGUGGACGGUUACAUAACGAACAAAGCAAUCGUUGUUUUCUGAAAAUUAGCUUUUACGUAUCUUUACUGUUUUUUCUCGCACAUUCAAUAGUUGUGCUUAACAGCAAGUGAUCACACAGACAACAAAUAUCUAUAUACUCUACCUGUUGUUAGUUCGGUUUCAGCAAAUCAAGUCGUGAUCAAGUUGGGGCAAUCUUUUAACCAGGGCAAAAUUACUUUGUAAAUAACUGUGCUGUUAAGUCUACCCGACUGUGGCUGGGCCAGAUAUUUGACCUAAGAAUAGACUAAAGUUUCUCUUUGAAACGACUCUUUAAAGGUGAGAAGGGGGGCAGGUAGUAUUUGGCUGCAGACACAGUCAGCAUUCACUCGCAAACAUGCCUCAAGCAGGAAAGGAGCCAAAAGUUAAACCAUCCUAAACUCUUAAAUGCCCCCUGGAAUUUUUCCAUCGUUAUUUGGAGCGUAACGUUAUAUCAUCGACACCCGGUUCAUUGGUCACAUACGAAAACACAAAAGAUGACACAUUUUACGAAAGUUCAGCAAGAAGUAAGCACGAUAUGCAAAUUUGUAACAUGAAGUCAUUUUUAAAUGGCAACAGUGCCACAAAAGCUUUUGGGAACAGUUUAUGAUUUCAAGCAUCAUUUAGUGUAUAACUUAGUUCCGUUGUUUGAAGAUGAUUAAAAUAAGAAGACAUUUAUACACAGUGUAUGCAUCGUUAUUAUUUUAUGCGUUGUUGCUCACAUGGAUGUUGCUGGGGAUCGAGCCAAGUUGACAUCUUAUGUUGGCUGGAUGUCAGAGACGGCUGUGUUAAAGGUUCACCAACAACAGAUUAGGAAAACAAAAGAGAACUGACUUAACAGGAAGCAAAUAUAAAAUAAUUAAAAACAAAACUGGACCUAUUAUUUUAAAGCUGAGUGUCUCCAGUUUAAAAGCUGUUGAGCUGAUCAGUGGGUCUUUUUGCUUCAGUCUCUCCGAUGGUUUUAGAUCUUCACACGUGACCAGUUCAGUGUUGAGUCAGUGUUGUUGGUGUUUUCCUUCAUUAGAGGCACACAGUGAUUGUGUCGUACCGAUAUCUUCAUCUGUAGGAUGUCAAAAUCCUACAGCAGCCUCUUACUGUUCACUUCUAUUAAAUCCUACAAGAUGUCCAAUAAAUGUACCAGUUAACGAUAAAACAGUUUGUGUGGUACAUCAUACGUCCGUGUUUGAUAACAUUUGACAAAGGCAUUUGUAAGUAACACUAGGUUUUGCGGCAGUUUAGUUAAAGGAAGUUUAUGCUUUUGAUUAAAACGCCAUUAAUCAGAAAGCAUUUGAGGGUUUUUUUAGGUUCACACAGUAUACAAGAAAAUUAAAAGCUGUAUUUAUGAAUAUUUUUGUAUCAACACUAGAUUAAAUAACAGUCCACAGUUGUAGCUAACAUUGAUAAACACAGAUAUUUAUCACCACCCUACUCUACGAGGUGUUUUAGUACCUUUCAUCUCACUGAUACACUAUACAGCCUAAAACUUCAGCCCACCAGUCCAGCAAACCUCAGUUUUCAGUAAAACAGCUCUGAUAAACCUAUUGUACUUGACCAACAAAGUUAAACAGCCAUUUAUUUUCUGAGCAAUAUUUCUGUCAAGAAACCGAAAUCGGAUCAAAUCUGAUUUGUGCUAUCAUGUUAGCCACAUUAAGAUCAAAUAGAAAUUAGCGUGGAAAUGCUAACAAGUGUUUUAUUACAAGAGCUACGAUCUUCUCAACAGGGAGUAAACAAAUUGUAUUAGUGGUUGUGAAUGAGUUUUGCUCUUUUUUUUUUCCUAAACGUACAUUUAAGUGUUUCAGAAUUUUAUUAUAGGCUUAUUAGCACAUGUUUUCUACAAAGCGAACCCCGGUCGGGUCAGAGAUGAGUCUCUGCUGCAGAAUCUCUGUUGAUGAAUCUGGACAGUCUCUGGACACAUCAAACGUCUCUGUGGGAGUUUAAAUAACACGGAUCCGCUGAUAAAACCUUGAUGUUACAAGUGCAAAGAGAUGUUCAAUGAUUCUUUUAUUUGUUCUGUGUAUUUUGUUGCCUUCUGUCUUUGUUCUGCCCUUGUUUGUGUAAAGUGCCUUUGGCUGAGAAGUAUUGAAUCAUUAUACUGUGGCUGUGUAAUUCAUAUUUCACCGUGCCUCAAAGAUGUUGCCUUGUUUACUUGUCUUUACCAAAGUAAAUAAAGAGGAUCCCUUUUUGUUUGGACCAACUCUGAAUCCACACAGUAGACGUUUCCAUCAGGUACGGUGCAUAAGGCUGCAGCAGCUUGGUUUUAAGAGCCUGAGACGCUGUUAAAGUAAAGCAUCUGUUCUUGAUCUUUGGAAGAUGCAUAAUAUAGUCUCGUGUUUUUUUGUUUUUUUUUCUUCCUUUCCUCAAUAAAAGCUUUUGCCAUAGCA